AUGAUUGAUUGGAGCCCAGCGAUAUCAAAUGAACUAAAUCUUGGGUCAUUGGGCCUUUCAAUCGAUUAUACUUACCAUCCUACUGCAAAAUUUCGAGAUUUUCCAGUUGAAACUAAUGAAAGAAAAGCACUUGAACGUGUAGAGAAGUAUAACAACGCAGAAAAUGAAGAAAAAAACCUUGCAAAUGAUAUGGCGGAAGUUUUGCUUACAAGUCACAACUUAUCCAAAGAUAUGGCACAAGUUGAAAAGGAAGCUGAGGAAGAUGCUAAAGUAGAAGAAGAAUUAACCAAAAAAGCAAUAGAAUAUGUCAAAAGAAGAGAUGAUUUCUUGAUGAGACAGCGCUCUCGCCUAUUUAAUCACGAAAAUUCACUCGAUGAACCGGAAAAAGUCGAAUUCGAAGAUUCAAUACCAGGCAUUAUCAAAUACAGAAACUAUUUAUUUGACUAUAAGCUGUUUAUUGACAACCAACGUGAACUUAUGCAACAAGAAAGGUCAGAAUUGGUCUAUGAGCUUAAUCUUCUCCACAAUGACCACGAGAAAAUUAAAAUGCAAGACCAAUUCAACCAAGAAGACUACGAAAUCAUUCUAAAAAAGAGAGAAGAAAUCGUAAAAAUCAAAAAACUUGCAAAUACGCCCGAAGGACUCUUUCAAAGACACCAGAAACUUGUGGAAGAAAGAAGAAAGCGUUUGCAAUACGAAUCUGAGAAAAUGGUUGAAAUUGAAAAACAAAUUGAAAAUACAAAGCAGUCAAAUCAAGAAUUACAGCGUCAGAACAGAAGAGCGGCCACAAAACUUAAUAAAAUUCGUGAAAAACUUAACAAAGAAAUGCAAGAAGUUGAAAAUAAAAAAUCUUUAUUAAUGCAAAGCGUUCAGAAGCUUAAUGAAGAGUCAGAAGCCAUUAACAAUGAUAGGAGACGCAUAAAUAAUAUCAGAGAAAUGCUCAAAGCUGAAAGACAAAAGAUUAUUGAUGAUAUGGCCGCAAUUGACCAGUAUAAAGACUCUUUUCGUAAAGAAUUCGCUGAGAUUGCAAUGGAGAAACAGAGGAUGAGAUCGGCAAUUAAUGCAUUGAUGGAUAAAAGAAGAGAAAUUCCGGCAAAAAGGAAAGAACUCGGUUUACCUGAGAAACCAGUUGAAAUACAACAAGGAAAUCCAAGUAUUCUUAAGCAGGAGAUCAUAUUCCUUCAGAGAGACUACGACGUGGCCAGAGCUCAGUUGAAAAUGGAACAAGAUGCAAUUGAAUCUCUCAAAAAGGUCGUAUAUCCGAAAGUCCAAAGAAACGAGAACACGGAACCGGUAAAGAUAUUCCCAGAACCUCAAAAACCAAAGCUAAUCGAAGGAAUCAGAGUUAUUCCGGGAAGUGCCAUGAAAACAAGCUCUGGACCAAAGAUAACUCCUCCAAGAUCAGGUGAUACACAAUUAGUCAUAUCUAUCGGCCAAAAAGAAAGAAAAAGAAUUCUCACAAAAAGUGAACCUGAAGAGGAACCAAAAAGUGACAAAAAUAUUUCGGAUCAAAAUCUUCCUGAAAACCAAGAUACAAAUGAUACUACAAAUAAUAAUGAAGAAGAAAAUCAAAAAUCUGAAGAAAAUUUAGUUAGUGAUCAGCAAAAUAAGGAAGAAGGAGACCAAAAUAAUAACGAAACAGCAGAAAAACAGGAAGAUAAGCAAAGUACUAAUCAAGAUAAUGAUCAAUCAAACGAAAAUGAAGAAAAUGAUCAAAAUAUGGAAGAUAAGAAUGAAGAAAACAAAGAAAUAUUAGACCAGCAAGCAGAAAAAGAGGAAAUACAACAAGCGGCAAUAUCUGAUGACCAUGAAGAACAGAAAAUUGAAAAUAAUGAAACUCAAAUAUAG